AUGGAUAUUAAUGCAUUGGAAAAACUCCUGCAAAGUCAGCAAGCACAGCACCUAAUGGAAAUGCAACAACAGCAAGAGCAGCACAAAUUAGAAAUGCAAGAUUUACUGAACGCAAUACGUCAUUUAAAUGUUCCAGAUUUAAAUGUGCAAGCAAAUAAUUCACCUACUCGAAAAAUCAAAGAUUUGGCAGACUCAAUGAUUGAUUUUACAUAUGAUCCCGAAAAAAAUGGAAUAUUUGAAACAUGGUACGCACGCUACAAAUCAAUAUUCACGUUAGAAACAAACGAUUUGUCGGAAUCCAUGAAAAUUCGUCUUUUGUUAAUAAAGUUUCAACAAUCAGAUUAUCAACGUUAUGCUGACGCAAUUCUUCCUCAAGAACCACAUGAGCUAACAUUCAAUGAUACUACGAAUAAAUUGAAGAAACUUUUCGGAUACAAGGAGACAAAAUUUUCACAGCGUCACAAAUGUUUCAAUUUAACUAAAGAGGAAUCUGAGGACUUCAUAACAUAUUCAGCACGGAUUAAUAAGCAAGCCGAGAAAUUUGACAUCGUCAACUGUACGCCAAAUGAUUUGAAAGUUUUACUUUUUAUUAGUGGCUUGAAAAGUUCAAAGGAUUCAAUUAUUCUCGAAAAGCUUUUGAAUAAAGUCGACACUCAAUAUGUUCGAAUUGAAGCAGCAGCAGAUCGAAACGCUCGGGAUGCUAUUGUGAAACUUACUUUACAGGAUCUGGUCAACGAAGCUGAGCGUAUAAUUUGUCUCAAGAAAGAUAAAUCAACUGUAAUCGAUUCAGCACUCACAACAGAUAUAAAUAACCUUUCUGAUCCUGGAAAAAAUUUAAACAACUCAUCACAGGUUGAUCACGGCAACAUAUCUACAAAUUUUGAAGAUGUAUUGACUGACAACGAGGACAGCAAAGUUAAUUCAUCAAAUCAACAUGACGGUUUUAUUAAAAAAAGAAUGACCUCAUUGGCAUAUCAAACUCGAUCAACUCGUGGUCAAGCUUCAGAUUAUCUGCGAUUUUAA